UAGUUAGGCAGACUGGUCAGCACUACUGCCUUGCAACGAGCUACUUAUCACGGAAUACCCGUAGCCUACAUAGAUACCUAGGUAAGUACCUAGGUAAGGCUGUAGUGCGUUGGAAGUUAUAAAUUAGUUAGCCUCCCGCCAACGCAUUGCUCGUUCCCUUUCACAUUCUAUCUUUCUAAUAUCUCAAACCCAUUCACCCAAGAGACAUUCAUUAGAUGGACGACAACAGCUCUGUUGCUAGUUUCGAAGAGAUUAGCCCCUCUGGUAAAGUCUUUGGACUAGGUGAGGAUAAAAAUAUUGAGAAACUCAGAGCCCUCGUUGCAAAAUCAGUCGUCGAUGGUGGCGCAGCCACAGAGAUUACUGAGGAUGAGGUCCCAGAUAUCUGUUAUGUGCUCCAGUACAAGGCAUUUAGUGGGAAGCUCGUUAAUUUGCGUCGUAGCCGAGAGCCUAUCGACAUCGAGCUGGAUGGCAUUGACGAAGGGGGAGCUUCGACAAGAAAGCCUAUCCUCGAGAUCGUAACUAAGGUCACGGCCUCCUUAAAGAAGGAUAGGCCGCAAUUUGACCAUAUCCCUUAUCCGCAUCGUCACCAGUGCGAUCCUGGCUUCGACUUUGACAUGGACAAUGAGUAUUCCCAUCGCCACGCUCGCGGACGGGAGCAUGACGAAAAUACAGGGGUGAAUAUUGUCAAGGUCGAAAAUACGUCUAUGGUCAUCAAUUCGAUCCAUCUAAUCAAUGCUCUGAGGGCUGUGGUGGAGUAUUAUCCCGAUACGUCCCUCCUCGGAGAUACUGUUACUAUCAAUGCACCAUACCACAUGCUCGCCCAUCACCAAGUAGCGCUUGCUCGUUAUAAGAUCAACCAACCAGAGACCCAUGAUGAUGAAUAUGUCCUUACAACUGCUAAGCACAUCGAUGUACUCCUUGAUUUUCUUGAGAAAACUUUGGGAACCCAGAUCCAUGAAGAAGAGAAGAGACACAAUAGCAAAGUACCUUUGGCCACCUUCGACAACCUCUGGCUUAUAUUGAAACCUGGCGAUAUCGUUUAUGCCAAAUACGACCGCCAGUGGACUCCGUUCAUUAUUUCCAGUAUCGCCCGUGGCCCAUCCGUCAACGAAGGUAGCACUCCAUAUACUGUCCAGUGCUGGAAUAUUACAUAUACUUCGGAAAGGUUCUGCCGUACCAUGCACUCGUUUGAUAUCGACCCCUUCAAUGGAGAAGAGGUUAUCAAAAACCUUCCCGUCAUUCCCGCCCGUUUCUUUCAGGGUGAAAAUGGCAAUGCCACUCCCGAGGAAGCUAUGGCCAAGCAAGUUCUACUCGGGAAGAGAGUCUGGGAACUUUCAAAGGGACCAAAUCAUAUGUUCUAUAACGGGCUUCUGGUCGAGAAGGAGCCUGACUUUGACCGAGAUUAUCUAAGCGCUACAGGCUACUUGGAAGGUCGUGUUAUUGUUGACAAUGUCGGUUUCUCACACUACUCCUUUGAUCAUCCUGAAAGAAAGAACCGCCAGCCACGAGCACGUAUUCCCCCACAUAGUCGCCCGCCGCCGCGCAAAGACCAACUACCUUAUUUCGCCCCCAAGUGCACCUGUAGUGCUUGUACUAAAGCAAGUCCAAAGGAUGUUUUGAGCCCAUUUGCUACAUUCCAAGAUCUCGACCCAGCCAGCGACCCGCCACCAGAAAUAAACCUCUACUAUAUAGUCUUGAGUAAAAUUGUCUCCGGAUUCAUACUCCGGGAUCGACGUUGGGGUUACUUCAACGUUGAGAAUCUCGAAUAUGUCGAGUUUGACAAGGAAGCCUUCAAGCACCUCGUGUUAGAUGACGAGGUAAAGCUUACGGUUCGGUCACUCAUUGGUAGGUUUGCCAGUACCCAUGGUCAGGUCAGUCCAUGGCCAAACGACUUCGUCAAGAACAAGGGUGAAGGCCGGAUCUUCCUCCUCCACGGACCUCCAGGCGUAGGUAAGACAUGUACUGCCGAAUGUGUUGCAGAGCUCACCUGUCGUCCUCUGCUGUCGCUCACGAGCGGUGACCUUAACAUCGACUCUUAUAAUGUAGAGAGGAGCCUCGACUAUUUCCUGAAACUAGGUGAACGCUACGGUGCCGUAGUAUUGAUCGAUGAGGCCGAUGUGUACCUCGAGGCCCGACACGCAUUGGACAUAUCGAGGAACAAGCUAGUCUCAGUCUUCCUACGGGCACUUGAAUAUCACCGAGGAGUAUUAUUCCUAACGACAAACCGAGUACAAACCUUUGAUUCAGCCUUCACGUCACGCAUCCACGUAGCCUUGCAUUACAAGCCGCUAACGGACGCUGACCGAGAGAAGAUCUGGCUCAAUAGCUUCGAGCGACUCGAACGCGAUAGCGAUGGUAAAGUACAUAUCAGCGUAGCGACGCGCGAGUACGCCUAUGAAAGCAAUGACGUGCAGAGCCUGCGCUGGAAUGGCCGCGAGAUUCGCAAUGCCCUUCAGACUGCUGUCGCGCUUGCGGAGACCGAGGCACUUGAGAACGACAAGGAUAGAGUCACGGUCACUGACAAGCACCUGAGAGCUGUAGUCAAGAUGAGCCGCGGCUUUAAGAACUUCCUGCGCCAACAGAAGAAAAAGCGCGAUGACGACGUCGAGAACGAUGACGAGGAAGAGGAACUUGAGCAUGGCGGAAAAGGCUCCGCUGUCCAUUGACGACUAAUUGAUGGCAUCUUAUCUGUUUUUCUCUUAGCCGCCGAUCCGUAAACACUUUAUGAUGAUUUAACACGAGGCCCUAACUUGGUUAUGUUUCUGUUAUUAGUUUCGGGGUUGGCGGAAAUCCCAUAUCAAACUAGAAUGACUUAUGAUUUUCAUAGCUUGAAACUUGAGAGCCAGAAUCCUCUUCAUUCAUUAAGUCUUGAACCUACCCGUAGUUAGUAGAACAAGCUCACCAGAUAAUAUAUUCCAACAGCAAGGAUUCUUCUUACA